AUGGGGUCAUUGAACUCGGAGGCCAAUUCGUUCGUGAACUGUGUACUUGACACGCUCAACAACCCUACAUCUACUCUCGACUCCGUUCUGCGACCCUUCCUGGAUGAUGAAGCAGAGCUCCGCCGCCUUUUCGCGACCGACAAGGCCAAUGGGCGGCUGCAGGACCCCUUUGUUGGGCUAGUCGAUGUUUUUGCGGCGCCAGAUGCUAUUCGGACGACCAGAGCUCGUGUCAUUGUCGACGACACUGACUGGAACGCUAAACAUGUUAUGCCCUUGGCAACCGAGGCUCGUAGAAAGGACGGGUCAGCGUGCAUGGUGGCUGACCUGGAGGAGUUUCAGAAGAAUUGGAGCAUGUUCUCCGAGGGCUCACUUUUCCAGUUACUCGACUGGAGCAAUGUGGUUGCUGCUGGUGGUUCUGUUUUGGCGUGCUUGGAGCCAUUGCCCGAGUCAGCGAAGGAAACGAGGCGGUCGAUGCGCAAGCAUUACCACUCUGCUGCCUACCCAACUUCGGAUGUGGACUUGUUUCUGUGGGGUAUGACACCUGAACAGGCUGAAGCUAAGAUCCUCAAAAUAUACGAGGCUGUCCGCGAUUCUGUACCAUGGGAUGUGACUUGUGUGAGGACGAAACACACCGUCUCAAUUCAUUGCCAAUACCCCUAUCGCUCGGUCCAAAUCGUCCUCCGCCUCUAUUCCAGCCCCGCCGAAAUUCUUGCUGGUUUCGAUAUCGACGCACCUUGUGUUUUGUAUAAUGGCAGUAGGGUUUACGCCAGCCCUCGUGCUAUCAUCGCAAUGAUGCGCCAAUGCAACACUGUCGAUAUGACCCGUCGUUCACCUUCAUACGAAGUUCGACUGGCCAAAUAUGCCCGACGAGGUUUCGAAGUCUUCGUCCCCAGUCUUUCUCGGUCUGAAGUGGAUCCAACUAUCUACGAGCGCUCGAUCGCCCGAAUCACUGGAUUAGCUCGUCUGCUUGUUUUGGAAAAGCUCGCCAAUGCCGAGACACGACAUGCCUUCCUCAAUGCACGACGCACUAUACGAGGGCGUUCCGAGGCCUCGAACAAGUACUUCCGUCGCAAACGCAAGCUCAAAGGUGAUCUCAAAGGGGAAGAUACAGGUUUAGAAAUGAAUGACUAUGAUGUUUCCUCUUUGCACAUCCCCUAUGGUCCAGGCUGGAAUGCCCGGAGAAUUGACAGGCUGGUAUAUCAAACUGACCUUGCAAUGAACUCCACUUUCAAUCCGAAGAAUAAAGGUCGUCGACUUCAUCGUCAUCCGGCUUUCUUCGGGACUGCGCAGGAGUGCCUGGAUGACUGUUGCGAACAUUGUCCUGCUCCCAUUGACGAAGAUGAACGCCAACUGCAAGCUACUGAAGACCAGACACAUAUCCGGGGUCGAAUCUCCUUUAUCCAAGAAGACCCAGGCCGUCAGUCCAUCUCAGGAAGCUUCAAUCCCAUCGACGUUGGCGAAUGGGCCGCGCAGGCCUACAUUGGACCUAGCGAAAAGUUUUUCGCCGCCAUUGUUCUUGGUGAUGGUGCCACCGUGGCGAAUAUGAUUCAAGACGGUCAAGACAUCAACCGCCGUGAUCAUGUUGGCCGUAUGCCCCUUCAUGUCGCAAUAAUAGCGCGUCAAUUCGAGGUCGCGUGUGAUCUGGUGGAUGCUGGUGCGCGGAUCACUUCGCGGCUGGCGGACGGGAGGACCGCGUUGCAUCUUGCGGCACAAAUGGACUCGCUUGUUGUUUUGCAGAAGCUCUUGGAGCGGAGUGCUGCGAAUAAGGCACUGACUGGGUCCGAGAAUAACGACGAGGAAGUCAAUGAUGAAGUGGAUGCUGAGCGGCAAAGAUUGUCGUCUGAGGACGAUUGGAGUUCCGAGGAAGAUCCCGUUGUUGAGGAAGAUGGAGAUGAUGCGGAAUGGGAAAACGAACGUGAAGACGACGAGGAGGGUGAAGAAAACGAAGACGAAGAUGAAGAACCUGAAGAAGGCGAUGAAGAUGAAGAAAACCAAGAUGAAGAAUCUUGGGAAGAUGUUGACUCUGAUGAUAAGAAUUCGGAAACACAGCCUAACGCCAACUCAGGCGUUCCUGACGACGAGCUCGACAUCCCGGAUGUGUUUGAGAUAGAUGCGACGGACUGGGACAUCACUUAUUCUCCCUUGGGUUAUGCAAUUGUUUUUGCCCGUCUGCCCGUCGUGGAGGCUCUUCUCGAUGCUGGUGCCGAUGCGAGCCACGUGAUGCAAGCUAAAGGCAGCUCGGACGCCGUUGUACCCCUUGCUCUUACGCUGCUGCGUCCAGACGACGAACAGACUUGCCGUAUUGCGGAACGCUUAAUCACAGCUGGCGCGUCAUGUACCGCCACUGAGACCGAUGGCGAGGGACGCACUAUUUUCCAUCGAGCGGUCGAAAAGAACAAACCAAACCUCGUCAAUGCAUUCUUACGAAACGAUCCAAACGGGAGGAUAGCUCUGGAGUUCCCGACUGUUGGAUGGAAUGGCGCCGUCACUCCUCUGACGACUGCUGUUUCUCUACGACACCAUGCCGUUUUGGCCGUUCUGCUAGCCCAUGGCGCAAAGUUGAUGUUGACCUCGGAAGAGGCCGAGACGGCCUAUACUCGCAACAAACAGUAUGACUAUGUCAUGGACAAGAAGGACAUAUCGCCGAUUGAAGUCGCUCUCCAAAUUUACACGGCGCGGGAUGUUCUCCCACUUCUCAUUCAACUGGGGGCAAACAUCAGUAGUGGGGUCUGGCAUGCGUUGACCCACGAUAACCGGGCAGAAAACCGCCAGACAUUCCUGGACUGGUUGCGAUAUGCACAAGAGGUGGUGGACCACGAGAUUUCGGAGCUCACCCGCAAGAUUGAUCGAUAUCGUCUGCCAACGGGGGACAGCGUUACACAUCCGGGGUGGAAGGGACAUUUACAGGCAUUGCGAGAGAAGCAUCGACUCUCGAUGCAGGACCAGGAGUGGUUCAGCGAAAGGAACAGGCGAGAGGACGCGAUUCGAUGCAAGCUAUAUCUGAUCGAGAUGGAGAAGCUCUUCCUCGAUAAUGGAGCGAAAACGUGGGCUGAGGCAUAUCCUGACGUCGUUUCAAGUGCCAAAUUCGAACUUCCCACAUCGUUUUCGAAUCCCAAAUGCAAUUAUCACCGCAUGGUCAACCCCUGGAAUCAGGAACCUGUUCCCAGUCAUUUGGACGAACGUUACGACGAGUUGUUUGAGGCGUGCUUCGUUGGGGACAAUAACAAGAUUCAAGAGCUCUGUUUGCCUCAUAAUACCUUGACAAACGAUACUAAACUGCAAAUCGCUGUUGCGGUCAAUGAAGAUGAUGGGGAUAACCGCCCUUCAGAUUAUACUCCGUUUACCGCCGCCGUUGCUGGUCGCCGCUGGCAAACUGUUCGGUUGAUUGUUGCUAUUGCAUCGGCGCAGCAUAAGCCCGCAAAAGGGGAGGAGAGGUUCAGCACUUCUCACGUUCAUUUGGAUGACGACUCAGACAACGAAUCAGACACAUCCAACGAGACCGUGGAGCAGAAUACCAUCAACUUUGUUGAUGUUGCUCACCGAACUUCAACGGUGGAAUGUGAAAUGAGUCCACAAAAUCUACUCGAGUGGCGAUGGGGCCUGCUAUAUCGAGCCAUCGUCGAUGACGAUUUUGAAGCCUUUGCAAACGUUCUUCAAGUGUAUCUGCAUGGACCCACUCCGUUCAACGUCCCGCAUUUUGUGUUGACGAGUGUCAUCAGUUACGACAGGCCAGACAUGCUCGACGAACUCAUCCGCCAAACGGGUCGUGGCAUCAAUGUGGACACCCAAGUUCACAACGAAGGGGGGGCCAACGAUCAAAAUCGACUUUACCUUGGACUCAAUGUCCAUGGGAAAAAGCGAAUUGAUCUCGCCAAACAGAACGAUCCUAACGCUCACUCGGAUGCUGAGAAUGGAGAUGGCGUUAGUACACCGAUGGUCUGGACCGCCAUCUCAGAUGGUCGCACGAAGAUUAGAGAGUACCUUCAAGGAGACAAACCGUUGGCGGCGUACAAGCAUUAUGCUUCCACCCACCAUACCGAGCGUGCGAAAGCUCUCCAGCGUGUUGCGGACUUGUCCAAGGCAAUUCCAAAGUUAUUGGGCUGGAAGAUUUCGUCCCUUGGCGAGUCUCCGUUGACUGCCGCGAUCUGCAGUUGCAACCUGGUUGUCAUUGAAGACUUGUUCAGCAGACAUCCGCAACUAAUGGAGGAAUCGUUGCUGGAGGAGAUCAAAUACCUCCGCGUUAACCUGAUGUUGGUUGCGGUCCAAGUCGGCUGCCCACCAGCUGUGCUCGACUUUUUGCUUGCCAAGGCAGUCUCUUCCACGGAGAGAGAUGCACACAGAGGCUGGAACGUUUUCCAUUUCCUCUGCAACUCAAACCGACACGACCUGGCGGGGCAUCUGAUGGGCAAGCUCCCCCGCGAAUCCGUUGAGCAACUACUGUUACAGCAGUCGCGCGGACGGUUGAACACGCCUCUCCAUGUCGCUGUGAAGCACGGACACCAUGGGUGUGUCCGACUCAUCCUCGAUUUCUCGGUCGCUUCUAUUCGUCUACGCGAUGUCGAGGGCUCGUUGCCUCUGCAUUCCGCUGUGCGACUUGACGAUACAGAAAUGGUGAAGCUGCUUCUGAAGGCCGAGCCAUUGACACUGCUCACUGAGAACGGAGUGGGUGAGACUGCGGUGGAGAUGGCCAUGCACCAAGACUUGGUUUCGCGCAACGAGGAUCUUUAUGCGACACCCAGCGUUACCAAAAUCGACCGUCUUUCUUAUCCGCAUAAGUUCCCGGGGGCAUUUGUGCGGCUGGGCGACGAGCUGACGCGGUUGAAGCGGGCGAUUGGGAUGCUUGUUGAGCAAGGGACGUUGACCCUGGGGACACCGACUCAGAAAGCACUUGCUUUAUUCGUGAAGCAUUUGGAGGCGCUGGAAGGCGACAGUGUGGAGCCGCAGCGAGCGGGUGAUUCGGUGUUGGGUAUAUUGCGGGCGGCGGGGGAGACGAGUCAGGCUAAUCGUGAAUUGGUGCAUCUGGUGGAUGUUCAGAUGUCGGUCCAGAAUACGUUGGACAAGAACCAGCGACGAGCAGGGCGUCGUCACGAUGAUGAUGAGGAGGAGGAAAGUGAUGAGGAAGAUGGAGAAGAAGGUGAAACCCCGGAGGAGAAAGAGCUUCGGAGUGGGUCGGUUUUCUAUGGCCGGCUUGUAACUGGGGAGGACGAUUUAUGA